GCUGCUCCCUUUCCGUGCUACUGCCGCCGAGGAGGAAGGAGGAGAGGAGGGAGGAGGUGGAGGAGGAGGAGGGGUAAGAGAGGGAAAGGCUUCAGUGGAAGCAGCAGAGGGAGUUGACGAUGGGUGGGGAGACGAAGAGACUGGAGGAAAGAAGCAGAGCCAGAAGAAGAAACCAGGGAAGGAAAAGCCGGUGCGGUACCGCUGGGUGGGUUGCGGUGGUGUGCGGGGAAGCGCGAGGAACAACGGGCACGGGAAGAAGGAGAGAGCAGAGAAGAAGCGAGCAGGAGGAGGAGGAGGAAGAGGUGGAGCAGACGGAGCGGAAUGCGGAGGAGGAGGGGAGGAAGGAGGAGGAGAAGAGGAGUGGGGAUGGGAGAGUGCGGAGAGGGAGGGGUUGGUGGUGGUGGCGCAUAAGGGGCUGAGGCUGGCGUCUCUGGGCGUGUAUGUGGAGAGCGAGUUCGAGUGUGGGCUCAGCGACCUCAUGAUAGACACCCUUGAGCUCGUUGGCAAGACCAGACGUGGCGGGGUGUCGCAGGCACAGCUAGCCAAGACAAUGCGCGUGAAGAACAACAACUUCCACUACGUGCUGCGAUCACUGGAAGCCCGCGGGCUCAUCGCCUUGCACGCUGUCGUCACCUGCCACUCCCUCACUCCCAACUCUGCCUGUGUUCAUUUUCCCCUUUUUCCUCCUUCCGCCCGUUUCCCUCUUUCCCCCUGUUUCCCUCUUUUCUCUCGUUUCCCUCCUUUCCCUCGUUUCCCUCUUUUUCCCUCGUUUCCCUCUUUUUCCCUCGUUUCCCUCCUUUCCCUCGUUUCCCUCUUUUUCCCUCGUUUCCCUCCUUUCCCUCGUUUUCCUCUUUUUCCCUCGUUUCCCUCCUUUCCCUCGUUUCCCUCUUUUUCCCUCGUUUCCCUCCUUUCCCGAGUUUCCCUCUUUUUCCCUCGUUUCCCUCUUUUUCCCUCGUUUCCCUCCUUUCCCUCGUUUUCCUCUUUUUCCCUCGUUUCCCUCCUUUCCCUCGUUUCCCUCUUUUUCCCUCGUUUCCCUCCUUUCCCGAGUUUCCCUCUUUUUCCCUCGUUUCCCUCUUUUUCCCUCAUUUCCCUCUUUUUCCCUCGUUUCCCUCCUUUCCCUCGUUUCCCUCUUUUUCCCUCGUUUCCCUCCUUUCCCAAGUUUCCCUCUUUUCCCUCGUUUCCCUCCUUUCCCGAGUUUCCCUCUUUUCCCCUCGUUUCCCUCCUUUCACGAGUUUCACUCUUUUCCCUCUUUCGCCCACCCACUUUACUCUCUCCUGGCAUAGUGCCACUUUACUCAGAUGGUGCCACAUGUGCAGCUAGUGCGAACAUACACAGAGCCACAGCUCCGCUCCUUCCGCUCCUCCCUCUCCUUCCGCUCAUCCCUCUCUCUCUUCAACAGCAAGACACCGCUCAACUCCUGUGUACCGUAAUUAAUCAUCCUCGUUCUCCCCGUUCCCGUUUCAACCCCUCUCUCCCGUUUCCGUUCCUGCCUACAGAUGGUGCCAUGGCGUGGCAGGGGAAGGGCAAGGGAAGGGGCAUGGGUGAGGAGGAUGGGGAAGAGGAGGAUGAUGGGGAGGAUGAUGAUGAGGAUGAUGAUGGGGAUGGGGAAGGUGAUGGUGAUGAUGAUGAUGAUGAUGGGGAAGAUGAGGAUGAUGCUGGUAUUGACGAGCGAGCAGGAGCAGCAGAAGCAGAGGCAGUAGCAGGGGCGGUGGGGCUGGAUGAAAAUGCACAGAGGGCCUUGAUUCCUAGAAGAGUGGGUGGAGCAGCAGCAGAAGCAGCAGCAGCAGCAGCAACAGCCGAAGCAGAAGCAGCCUCUGCUGCGUGGGCUGCGUUUGCAAUGGGUGGUCGGCAGAGUGGUUGUUUGACAAUGGAACUCAGUGCGGAGCAGCAGGUGUUGGAUGCGGUUCAGAGGCAUGCUCCUGACGGGGUGCUGCAGCCAGAGGAGAGAGCUGGGACAGGGAUGGGUGCUGUGGUAGCAAGUGCUGGGAGAGGGGAAGAAGAGCAUGAGGAUGUAGAUUUGAGAAGGUUGACGUGGAGAGGGGAAGAAGGGCAAGAGGAGCAUGUGAGGGAACGUGUGGGAGAGCAUGUGGGGGAGUAUGUGAGAGAGGACUCUGUCGUUGCAGUGUGGGAUGAGGAGGAUGUUAAAGAGGAUGGAGAUUCUGCAGUUGCGUUGAAGUUUGAGGAUUCUGUGAUUGCUCUGGAGGAGGAUGAGUCUGAGUGGGUUCUAGCUGCAGGUUCGGGUGACGACGAAGAUGAGAGAGGGAGGCGGGGGCGCAAGCGCAGGAAGAUAGAUUUUGGAUGGAAGGGAAAGGGAGAUGGUGAAACGGGAGAUGGGAAGGGGGAUGGGAGGGUGGCAGCAGCAGCAGCAGGUGCGGCAGUGAGAGGAGUGAGGACUAGAGCUGGUUCGCUGCUGGCUGCUGCUGCUCCUGCAGCAGUGGUUGAAGGGGCAGGGGCAGGUGUGGGGAUGAGUGAAAGGGACGACGCAGUACCGGAGAAAGCAGCAGCAGUGGAGGCGAAUGUAUGGAGCCUUGCCGUUGAACGGUCCGCAGCAGACAUUGCAGAAGGAGAGAGAGUGGAUGGGGAGAAAGCAGAUGGGGAGACAGCAGAUGGGGCAGCGGUAGAAGCAGAAGCACACACAGCAGAAGGGGCAGCAGAGGAGGGAACGGAGGAGACAGCCAUAAGAAGAGAAGAAUCCAUAAAGGCAACAAAUUUAGACAUGGCCCAAACAUCCGAUGGUGGUGGUGGUGGUGGUGGCGGUGGCGGUGAUGGUGCUGCUGCUGAUGUUGGUGGUGUUGCUGCUGCUGCUGCUGCUGCUGAUGGUGGUGGUCCUGCGGAUGAUGGUGAUGGUGAUGAUGGUGAGGAAAGGGACAGGAGGAAUGGUCUUGAGGCACCUCUCUUAUGGUCACCCCAACGCCCCUCUGAACAUCUGGAGAAUGCUGGGUUAGAUGAAGGGACCGGCACCAUGGUAUUAAAUCGUCCUGCUACCUCCGCCUUCCCCUCCCCGGCCUCCCCUUCCCCCUCAUUCCCCUCCCCACACACAAACCCCUCCCACAAUACUCCUCUUUCCUCUCCCCCACUAGCUUCCUAUCCCCUCCCUCCUUCCCUUGCUUCUUCCGCUCUCCCUCCUCCCGCUCCCCUUUCUGCUGUCUCGCCUGCACUCAUGUCCCACAGCCGUUCUCAGCCCAUCGUCUCAAGGCGUACUGUCCUCAAACCCUCUUCCUCUAUCCCUUUCCCUUCUUCCCUCCCUCCCCGCUCGACAGGCCAAUCAGAUAGCAACACGCUGGGAGCUGCCAAUCAAAUCGCAACGCGGUGGGAGCUGUACCGGCACAUGGUGGCCACGGAGCGGGCCUUCCGCUCCGCCACAAUGGAUCGCAAGACGCUCAACCGCAUCCUCGACGCCAUGCGCGCACGCUCUCUGCUCAAGCGCAUGCUGCUCUCCGUUCCUGGCGUCUCCAACGGCGGCCAGGCGCGCACUCUUGAGAUCGUGCUCGCUGGGAGCGCGGAUGCGAGUCCGGAGGCGCUGGGAGCGGUGAUUGCGCGGCAUCGGAGGCAGGAGAUGGAGAAUGCGAGGGGUGCUGCGGAUGUGAUUGUGGGGAGAGGGGUGGAUGGGGGUGGGAAUGCUGAUUCGAAGGUGGAUAUGGGGAAGGUGGGUGCGGGAGAGGGGAGUAUGGGGAAGAGUGGUGUGGUGAGGGGUGUGGGAGGUACGGGCAAAGCGGAAGGGAAUUAUGUGAAAGAGGAGAUGCCUAUGAGGGGGUUGGGAGGGGAUGCAGCAGACAGCAGGGCCGAUGGGGGUACAAUAGGAAGGGUUCAGGAAGGGUUGCGGCAUGAUAGGGAGUUAGUCGGGCAGGAAAGAGAGAGCCGGAUGGGCGAGCAACAAGGGAAGGAUGGGCAGCAGCAAGGAAAGGGAACGAGAUCUAGAGCGGUUCGAGGCGGUGUGAGUGCAGCAGAGAGAGCAGGGGGGGCAGAGAGGGCAGGGCGAUGGGAGGGAGCAGAGGGAGCGGAGGGAGCAGUGCGAGGGGAGGGAGGAGAGGGAGGGGAGGAGGAUGGGGAGGCGGAGCUGAUGAGUGUGCGGCGGCGGUAUGGGUAUGUGCCGGCUAAGAUGGUGCGUGCACGGCAGCUGCACCUCUUCCUCUGGUCGCAUGUCAAGUCCAGGGACACAAACACGUUCGAGCCAAACCCAGGUGAUGGUGACCCCUCCUUCCCCCACCGCUCCCGUUCUUUGUCGUUAUAUCCAUUCCUGAUUCAUCCUGACAGCACUCAGGGGUGCAAGUUUGACCUGGCUACGCUUGUGCACGCCAUGCCUCUGGAGCUCUUCCUUCAGAUUGUCGGCGCGAGUGAGGACAUCCCGUCUCUGACGCCCCUGGCGUUGCAAGGCAAGGUGGUGCGGGAGCUGCCCCCCUCGCUGCUGCACACGCUCUUUGACGCCUCAGCACGCACCCGCCUCUCUCGCGUCUUCAACCUUCUGCAGCGCUUGCAGGUGGGUUGUGGAAGAGUGGGGAUGAGUGCACAUGGGUGA